AUGUUCUUCUGCUGCUGCACCGAAGAACGCGAGGGCUUCGAUGCCGUGCCAGUGGAUGGCAGCGAGCGCACUCCGCAGGGGCUGAUAAAGUCGUCUCCUGCCCUGGCGGAGUCAAUGACGGCCGAGUCUGGCCUCUACACAGUCCAGCUUGCACGUGGAGCGGAUCGAAAGUGGGAUUUGGCGCUGGAGAAGUCGGAUGUGGACCAUUUGAUGAUCAAGAGGAUGACGAACGCUGUGACGGAAUGGAACAAGAACAACGCCACGAACGUGCAGAUCAGCGUCUACGAUCGGAUCGUUGAAGUCAAUGGCCAGCGAGCUUCUGGGAAAGAGUUGGCGAAAUCUCUCGAGAACACCCCAGACGACCAGGUCGCUUUGCUGCUUCAGCGGCCGCAGACACGUACACUUACACUGAAGCGGCCAGGGAAGCUGGGAAUUAUCGCGAACUACAUGCCAAACUAUUCGCUCAAGCCGUGGAUCGACACCAUUGCCGAAGGGCUGGUUCGUGACUGGAACAAGGCACACCCUGAUGCCUCAAUCCGAGAGCACGACAGGAUACUGUCUGUCAACACUGUGUCCAACCCACCAGAGGACGUGGUCCACCAGAUGCGGAAGCCUGAUGCAGAUCUCGAAAUAGUCUGCCUGCACUAUCCGAACAUUUAG